AUGAGGGAUCUGGAGAAAUGCAGUCGUCAGUUGAGCAUUCUACAGACGGAUUACAACCAAGUCAUUCCACUGCGGGAAUUCCAAGAGUUGGAGGCGUCCCAUCUGCUCGUUGUGCAAGAAAAGGCGCGUCUACGUAGAGAUCUUGAUCUCGCCAAGACGGAAUUAGCGACAGCUUUGCAGGAGUGCGAAGUCCUGAAGAGGGAGAACGCAACAUUGUCUGUGGCGAAUCGCUCCCUAAGCAGAUAUGGCACUCCUCGACCUGACUGGGAAAAGUCCCAUCACUCUUCGCUAUCGUGCAUGGAGUGUCUGGAAAGUAGUCAGGUCGAAGAAUGGAAGAAGCAAGGUCAAAAGCGUUCCAGCCGAGAGAAGCUUCUCAUCCUCCUGAGACUCGUCUGUUCGACGAGAAAGCCAGAAAUCGGCCCUCCCCAAUUCUUCCAGGGCAAGGGGACAGGACCCGGGGUCCCCAGAUAUCUGAGAUUCGAGGGUCUGGUGAGAAACCGACAUCUCGCGCCCAGAGAUGCAUGUCUACUCAUACAAGACAUUUGGAAGGGGAAAUGCGAACUGAAGGAAAGUCCAUACAAAAGAAUCCCGCUCGAGACCUACCUUGGCAGCUACUUCGAGGAGAGAUACCCGAAGAAGUUCAUCCGUAUGGAAUGGAGCUACAACCUCAUCGACGCCUGCCAGCGUUUCCCUCACGACGAUGUGAUUGGACUGUUCUGGGGGAUUUUGUGCGGCAAAUACGAUGAAGAAAUCUACCACAGCCAGAGGAAGAUCGUGCAGAGGCUGAAAAAGUCUCUCAAAGAGGCGGCAAAACAGGUUAGAGUACCUCCCCGUCUCAUCACAUUUCCAUGCUCAGGUGGUGAAAAACUGGAAGCUACUGAGUGCACUUUGCAGACUGGCGGAGAGGAAGUAAGCAUCCAGGCGUUUAUUCAAGUCUUGCGAGAUGAAUACCCCGCCAUAUCUCUGAAAGAUCUAAGGGAACUGUUGGAUGAGGCCAAAUGUGAGCUCAAGCUUCAUUCCACGGCCAAGACUAUUCCAUUCCUCCCCCUUGUGACAUUGACAGAUGAAGGUAAAGCAGGUGGAUUCCUUGCAUUGCUUUGGAAGCAUAGAGCAAAGGCACAAGAAGAAUAUGUUCAGGAUAUCGGCAAAGCCCUGUCGAAGCACAAAGAAAGCAGCAUUGGUCCCUACGAGCUGAGCAGGGCUUUGGCAACAGUAGACCCUCAGAUUGCUGACCAGAGUGCUAACACGACUCUGAAGCUACUGAAGUUUGACUUCCUUCUUACAGUGGGGGUAACCCCGUCUAACGCUUAG